AUGUCAAUUCAUUAUAUUUUGGCUCUGAACCGCCAGGGCAAGGUUCGGAUCUCUAAGUGGUUUGACCGCAAAAUAUCUCUGGAUGAGCAGUUUCAAGUUAGACAAAAAAUCCACAGGUUGAUUUUAUCCAGGGACCACAAGAAUCAAUCAAAUUUCGUAGAAUUUGAAAAGAAGAAGUUGGUUUAUCGGAGAUACGCAGGCUUAUUUUUUUGCAUGUGUAUAGAUAUGGACGAUGGGGAGCUAAUGUAUUUAGAAAGUAUCCACUUGUUGGUCGAGGUACUUGAUCAGUAUUUCAAUAAUGUUUGUGAGUUGGACCUGGUGUUCAGCUUUUACAAAGUGUACGCAGUGAUUGAUGAAAUGUUCAUGUCUGGAGAAAUUGAAGAGACUUCAAAGGCAGUCGUUUUGGACAGGGUAGAUCAAGUGAUGGCAUACAAUUAA